AUGGAGGACACCCCAUUCAUCCACCCUGGCUCUGCUCCAGGUCGCCACCGCCCCCCCUCCGACACAGCCUCCGCCUCCGCCUCCUCCUCCACUCUCACUUCCUCGUCCCAUCUAGCGUCUUCUUCCUCUACACAACCGCACCCUCACCCUCACCCUCGCCCUCUCUCACAUCCUCACCCUCCCCCCGAUCUCCAUUCCAGUCCCUAUCCUGGUCCUAAUCCCGAUCCACAUUCCCAACCACGGGCCGCAAAACCGCACCCUCUUCAUCACCAGAUCCUCACAGCCACCACAGCCUCGUCUCUUACCGCCUCAUCGAUUUUAUCCGCUUCCUCUUCCUCGUCCUCAUCCUCCUCCCCAUCCUCGCUGCAGCACCUGUCUCCAGUCUCGCACUCCACAUCCCUCUCCAGCCCUUCGCUCGUCUCGCCAGUAACCCAGCUCUCCCCUCUCUCCACCACAGCUGGCGCACGACCCGAGGCAGGACCACCAUCCUCAUUCUCCUCCAGAAUAUCGACCUCGCCCACCCCCACCUCCACCUGGCCCAACCAUAACCUUGGGCACGAGCACCUUAAAAUCACAAAUAAUCCCAACAGCAGCCCAAUCCAAGCUCAGGAGGUCGAGGAGAUGGACUCGGACGAGCCUGUACAAGACAAUAACGAUCAUGACGAGGAUAGGGGUCGUCCAUAUCAUCGAAACCACCGUCGUGAUCUUUCCAGCCCAUCCCUUUCCUUGUCCAUGGACGAAGAAGACAGCUGCCACCAAAACACCGGUAACCGGACCGCCAAGACUCUCACGCGUCGUGGUGCUUCCUCCGCUGCUUCUGGGGCCCAGAAACGAACAGCCGGUGCCGACUCUCAUUCCGACUCGGAUUCGCAGUUCGAUUCUGCCAUGACAUCUCAUCCCAACUCUGAUUCGGAAUCGGAUCCCGAUCUGGAGUCUGGACCUCAGUCGCCUCGACAAGCCAAGAAAACAUCCGCACCUGUCCCAUCCAAGGACCUUCAAAGAUUGGGUGUGCGCUCUGCAUAUCGCCAAGGUCAUGACGGUGAUUUUCAAUCGCGGUCCGUGGACACGGCCCAUGGUCACGACCACCGGUAUAGGGACCAUGAUCCGACCAUGGAUAUUGACGAAGGUCUGGACGGAUUAACAAUGUUGGCUGUAGCUGCGCGACAAAUGCCCCGCCGUGAAAUUGUUCCUCGGAGUGGUAUCUCUAUCCAUGAAGACUCAAAUGCCAGCGAAAGUGAAGGGUAA